AUAUAUUUUGUACGAUGUCCAGCUGGUCCUAAGGGCUCACAAGUGUUAAAAGCCGAUGCUAAAAGAAUUCAAUUCACUCUUAAGUGACUCAGCGAUCCUAAUACUACAACUACCAGUCAUAAGAGAUUGUUAUUAUUGAUAUCUAAGUUAAAUUAAAAAAAAAAUUAUACUAUUAACUGAGAUAUACUUACACCCAACCCUUACCUGUAGAUGCGCCAGAGUUACUUCGAGUUGCAAAACUUGUCCUUUUUUAUAUCAAUAUAACUAGUGUUAUUCGAUUUUUUUAUUAAUAAAUAAAUUCCUUUAUGUCCUAAAUCUAUUAUUAUUUAUUCGUACUCACGGACAAAAUGAUUUUAAUUUCAUUUACACCCUUUGUACGAUCUUUAACUAUUUUAUUAAUGCACAUAAAUAUCUACUUAUGCCCAGUGCUUUCAGUGUGCAGUCAAACUCCUCCAAUGUCUUACCAUCACGAUUCAGUGUACAUUCAUCCACAACCAACCAAUUCUAUAAUGAAAGAUAUAGUGCACUCUGAUAAAGAACAAAUAUUGCAUGAUAAAACUACAAUUGAAUCAGAUGAAGUUUAUUAUUUUACACCAAUAAAUCCACAAAAUAAUAAAAGUGCAAUUAUUGGACAACGGUUAGAUUUAACAUUAUUUGAACAUUUUUUGAACUCAAUUCGGGAAAAACACCAAGGUGAAUUAGAUUUUUACAAAAUUUCUCCAUUAAAUAAUUUAGUGUUACCAUUAAGAGCAACAUUUUCAGUUGCUAUCUCAAUAUUUAAUCCAUAUCCUGAUGUAUUACAGGUUAUUAAAGUAUUUGGUGGUGGCCCAUCUUUUCACUUAAGUUUGCCAUCUGGCAAAAUGGAAGAUCAAAGAAGUGUUUGGGACAUUUUGCCUUAUCAAUCUAAAUCGGUAAUUAGAUUUACAUUUUCAGAACGAUCAAAUAAAAAUCACACAUCUAAUAUAGGACUUUAUUUAAGUAAUCAUGAGUACAUAAAUGUUCCAAUAAAAAUAUUAAUGGGCUCGAAACCUGGCCUUUAUAGUUCCGAACAUAUUAUUGACUUUGGUAUUGCUAGUAGAAAUGGUUUGGUCACAUCAAAAGUUCUAAAUUUGUGUAAUUCUGCAAAAUCUAGUAUUAUUGUACAGCAUAUAACAUCUGAUAAUCAUUUUGUUACUGUAAAUUUUCCACGUGAACUAGAAGUAUCUCCACAGUCUUGCACAACGAGCGAAGUUGCACAUAUUAGUUAUCACUGGGAUUAUGUUGGAUAUUCUUAUGGAGAAACUCAUUGUGGAUCACUUACUGUUAAGAGCAAUAAAGGAAGUGAAUUAUUUAUACCAUAUUGUGGACGAACACUAGAAGGUGACUUAGUUUAUGAAAAAGAAUCUCUGCAUUUUGUUAUGUCCAAAGCUAUACAUUCAACUAGUAUAAUCAAAACAUUUUCUUUAUUAAAUAAUUUUUCGUCUACUCCAGUAGCUAUUUCACAAAUAGUAAUGCCAAAAAAUACUUCACAAUAUUUUAAAAUAAGGGAUUUUAGUUCUGUUAUUUUAAAACCUGGUCAAAAUAAAACGUUAUUUCGUGUGGCUUAUGUAAAUCCAAAUGAUUCUAAAAUGGAUAUUAUUUCUUAUUUAGAAUUUAAGACUAAUGCAUCAGAUUUUAAAAUACCUGUUAUGGUCUAUGACGGUCAACUUUCUCAAAUAUUACCAGCUACAAAUAUUAUUACAUUACCUCCAAUACGUAUUAGUUCACCCCGCCAUACGUAUAUAGUAGUAGCUAAUGAAAAUCCUGUAGCCAUUAUGAUGAAAGAUUGGGGUACAACAUACACUCCACAUGUUACAUUAACAUUGGUAGAAAUAGGAAAGUUCAAUAUAUCUAUGCGUCGUAAUAGUGCAGACAGUUGGUCUAGACCAAUGAUACGAGAGGAUCAAAUACUAGCUCCUGUUUCAUUGCCUGUAAAACAUUAUGCAAUAUUUCAGUUGUUGGUUUCAACACCUAAUCCAGAUCAAAAUUUAACUGUUAAAAUUUGGAUUCAAACUCAACACCAACAUUACAGUAUUCCCCUUAGGGUAUCUGUGUUUGAUAAGAACUUACAAGUAUUGGCAGAGCCUUUAAUAUUUGAAAAUUGUCAUCCAGGUGCUGUUUGCACAGCAGAAGUAAAUGUAAUGUCAUGGUUAGAUAGAACAUUAGCCUUAACAUCAGUGACAAGUGAAUUUGUUAGUGAAAAUAUCAGAUUUAUACCAACAAGACCUUCACUCAUUCAACCUCAAAUGAUAUCUUUAGUUGGUCAUAUUGAAUGGAUUCCUGUUCAUCAUAAAAAUUCUUCAAAUUGGGUUGGAUUAUUUAAUAAAGCUGAGAGAGUUAUGUGGUUGUCAAGUUUUCAUUUAAUUAACUCAUCUGAGACAAGUUACAUGGAUUUUUCAUGGUUUUAUCAAAGAAUGGGAAGAUAUUAUGCUGAAGAAGAUAAUCGUACCCUUAAACAUCAAUUUACUUUAGAAACUGGAGCUGAAACUUGUCAGUUCAGUGUUCAUCUUCAUUUAAAAUGGCCAAAAUUUAUACAAGAACCAGGAGAAAAUAGACAACAAACCACUUUUGAGUUGCCAACAAUAGAAGUAAAAGGUAGACCACACUAUCAAAGGAUUUUAAUUAAAAAUACUUUUCACACUCAAAAUAUAACUAUGCAUUUGGCUAUGUAUCCACAUCCUUACUGGUGCAAUAUUACAGAAUUUAUUGACUUGUUUGAACACGAAGUUAACUCCUUAUUAAUAUCACGGGAUGAUUGGGAAUUGGUAUUAAAUAAUACAAGCUCUCAUAGGAAGAAAGUUGUAAAUUUUAAAAAUUCUAUUUAUGUCCCACAUAAAAAAACCAUGAUAUUUGUUAUACCACCUCAAAAAGAGAUUGAAGUGUUGGUAAGAUUUCAACCAAAAAAACCCGGUAUCAGUACAUCCAUUUUAUUUUUAAGAAAUGAUGUAACAAUUCUCGAGAGUAUAUUAUUCAAGGGCAUGGGUGCUUAUCCUGUACUAUCAUUUGGAUCAAAAAAAAAAUUGCCUCCUCUAAUUUUCGAUUUAGAAUCUAGUCCCAUGAUUGAUUUAAUGUGUAGUAAAAAUAAAACUUUUUUACCGUCAGAAACAAGAAUAUUUUUAAUAAAAAAUCCUGGUAAACAUGCAGUUAAAGUUACUUCAAUGACAAUAAAUAGUGUUCUUUGUAGUGGUUAUGGUUUCAGAAUUUUAGACUGCAGAAAGUUUAUUAUUUUACCUAAUCAAACUAGAGAAAUAUCUGUUGAGUUUACUGCUGAUUUCACAUUGAGAUCUGUAAUGAGGCAGUUGGAAAUAAAUACUGAGGAAAAAAUUGGUUCAGAAACUACUAGUCGUAUUUUUAUUUAUCAACUAUGGGGAAUUGUACCAUCAGAGUGGGAUCUAUGCAAAGACAAAUAUACAUGGCAAGAAUUUCGAAGAGGAGAUAAUUGGGCUAGACCAGAAUGGGAAUCGUCAAUUGGUCAAAUUAUGCUUGUUGCAGCUGGAAUACUUAUGAUUAUAGCUUGGCUAGUAUCAUUAGCUGCAGUCCAUACAAUUGACAAAGAUUUUUUAUCAAAAAAUUUAGGCAACCCAUGUGUUGGAAUAUAUGGAAAAAAAUCUUUUCAAAUAGUUUUAACACAAUCCACAAAUUUAAAAAAAACUGAGUACAAACAUUCUAAGCACAAAGAAAGUAACGAUGACAAGAGACCAGAACUUAUACGAGAUCCCACCUCGCUAGGUAUUUCUCAAAGUGAAAAUAGUUAUGUAAAGCCUUCAGAUACAACACCAAUUUGGAGUUUUAUGUUGCGGAGUUCUGAACCAGAACAAGAACAAAAAAUAGAAAAAGAUCGAAGUAGAUCACAUUUAUUAGACAAUCAGCAUAAAGAAAAAACAAAAAAAAGAUAUGUAAAUCAAGUAUUGAUAGAAAAUGAAAACUCUAACCAAAAAAUUUCAAACACUUCUUCUUGGCAAAUAACUAGAAAUAGAUCUCCAGCAUUAGAUACUCAGAAUAACAAGAACUCUAAAGUAGAGGAUUUUAAAUUUGAAAUAGAAAAUCGCAGAAGAGCUGAUAAGCUGUUAAAAAAACAAUUUGGCAUAAAACCUGUUGAUAGCUGGAGAAAACAUAAGAAAGCUAUGAAUGCAGCAAAGUACUUUGAAGAAAUUCCUAUAACAGAAAAAAUAAAUAUAACUCAAGACUCACUAAAACCUAUAUUGGAUCCUAAGAUUGAUUCAAAAGCACUAAAAUCUGUCAGCAAAAGUAAUAAAAAGACUUCUGCUAUUACUCUUCCCAUGACAAAACAGAUUAAUAAUCCAGAAUUACCAGCAACUUCAAGUCUUUCUACUUCUGAGAUAGUGAAAAAACCUAUAGCAUCUGUAGCACCAUAUCAAAUUGUUCUUCCAAAACAAACAAUUGUUCCAAGUAUAGUUAAUGACCGUACAUCUGAAAAGUGUAUUUUAACAAAGCAAAAACCAUUAACUCUUACUAACAAAAUUGAAAAAGACAACAACAUAACUAUUAGGCCAAUCAUUUCUAAAAAAUCAAUAAGUGAAGAUGAUGGGUUUCUUGCAGAGUAUAAAUAUAUGAAGAAAAAAAAUAAAUUGGAUAGAAAAUCAUCAUUACAAUCAACACCUAAUGGAAAACAUAAAAAUGUAACUGUUGAAAGUUCUUCCAAUACAUCUAAAACUAAAACCAAAGAAAUUUUACAGCAAAACGUUGAAAAAAAAGAAUUUGUAUCUACAAUUAACUCAAAAAUUGAAGCUCAACUUGUAACGGAAAAAAAAAUUACUGUUUUAAAAAGAAGAAAUGAUAAUAAUAAACAUCCAGAUAUCGUAUCAACUCUUAUAAAUAAACAUGGACCAGUUGGUUCUGGAAGAGAUAGAAAACAUGAAGAACUAAUGAUUAAAUGCAACACUAAUUCUGAUAUUAUCAAAAACUCAAAAGAUAAUUCAGGAUCAUUAUUUACUGUGUUUGACAAUGCUACAAAAUCCUUAAACUGUGAUAAUUCCAAUAAAAAAUUGACAUUUUCAUCAAAUGACACCAGUUACAAUUUAUGGACAUCGUUUGUUUGGGGACCUGUUUCUGUACAAAAUAAUAAAAAUCGAGGAUCAAAAAUAUAACAUUUAUUAUACAUGUAAGUGUACCUCAUGUAACCUUGUUUUAUAAAAAACAAGUUGUUUUGUUUUAAAUAAAAAAAUUAAUUAAUUUAGUGAGGACAUCAUAAUUUAUUAUCAAUAGUUUAUUAUCGAUUCAGGAUUAGUAUUGGAGACACUGCCAGUGUGACUACUUUUAAAACAUUAGUCUUAAAUAAUUCUUUUUUAAUCUACAAGUGUUAUAAAUUUGUUCAUAUAUCUAGGCAAUAAUGUAAAUGAAAUUAGAUUAUUUUUGUUUUAAUUAAUUUUAAAACUUCUAAAGUAUGUUUUAAAUACUGAUUUGUUUGUAUUUAUAAUUAUUUUUUACUUUGUUGAUUUUUUUUUAUUGUGUCUAAAAGUUUUAAAAAUAAAU